CUCGUCACGGCAAUAUGGAGUUCUAUGGCAGUUUGAAAUCCCCUUUUUGUACAAUUUGGCACAUAUCACUGUAAUGUGCUGCGGUAGUACAGCUGUGAUUGUUGAAUUAUAAUCCGUUGCUUUUCAGACAUGAUGGUGCAGGAGUAUGUGAAGCUUGGCUCCCUGGAUACAUACCUGAAGAAGAAUAAGAGCUCUGUAAACAUCACAUGGAAGCUAGAGGUUGCCAAGCAGCUAGCCUGGGCUAUGCAUUACCUGGAGGAUAAGAACCUGAUCCAUGGAAAUGUGUGUGCCAAGAACGUCCUGUUGAUCCGAGAGGAGGACAAGAAGACUGGGAACCCUCCCUUCAUCAAACUGAGUGACCCUGGAAUCAGCAUCACUGUCCUGCCCAAAGAUGUCUUGGUGGAGCGUAUCCCCUGGGUGCCUCCAGAGUGUAUAGAGGUGCCUAGACACCUGACUCUGGCCACGGAUAAGUGGGCCUUCGGCACAACCCUGUGGGAGAUCUGUAGUGGAGGAGACAAACCACUCGGCACACUGGACUGCUCCAAGAAAUGCCUGUUCUAUGAGGACCGCCACCAGCUGCCUGCUCUGAAGUGGACAGAGCUGGCCAAUCUCAUCAACAGCUGUAUGGACUAUGAGCCCUCCAACAGACCUUCCUUCAGAGCUGUCAUCAGAGACCUCAACAGCCUCUUCACUCCUGACUAUGAGUUGCUGGUGGAGAGUGACAUGGUGCCCAACAGGACCAGAGGGUUUGGGUUCCCAGGGACUUUUGAGAACCAGGAGCCCGCUCUGUUUGAAGAGAGACAUCUCAUCUUCCUCAAGCAGCUGGGGAAGGGUAACUUUGGCAGUGUGGAGAUGUGUAGGUACGAUCCUCUGCUCGACAACACAGGGGAGGUGGUGGCAGUCAAGAAGCUGCAGCACAGCACAGCCGAACACCUCCGAGACUUUGAACGGGAGAUCGAGAUCCUCAAGUCCCUCCAGCAUGAUAACAUCGUCAAGUACAAGGGAGUGUGCUACAGCGCUGGUCGGAGGAACCUGCAUCUGAUCAUGGAGUACCUCCUAGACUACCUCGUCAAGAACAAGGAUCGCUUCGACUACAAGAAACUCCUGCUCUACGCCUCACAGAUCUGCAAGGGCAUGGACUACCUGGCGACCAAGCGCUACAUCCACAGAGACCUGGCCACCCGUAACAUCCUGGUAGAGAGUGAGCUGAGGGUGAAGAUAGGAGACUUUGGGCUCACCAAGGUCCUGCCUCAGGACAAGGACUACUACACCGUCAGGGAGCCGGGAGAGAGCCCCAUCUUCUGGUAUGCCCCCGAGUCGCUGACUGAGAGCAAGUUUUCAGUGGGCUCUGACGUGUGGAGCUUUGGAGUGGUCCUGUACGAGCUGUACACCUACAGCGACAAGGACUGCAGUCCUCCAGCCGUGGUCAUGGAUAAGAUGGGCCGUGACAAGCAGGGUCAGAUGAUAGUGUAUCACCUCAUUGAUCUCCUUAAGAGAGGAUACAGACUCCCUGCUCCCCAGGGCUGUCCUGAGGAGAUCCACAACAUGAUGACAGAGUGCUGGAAUGGUGACCCAGGUCUGCGGCCCACCUUCAAGAAGUUAGCCCAGAGUGUGGACACGUUCCGGGACAGUGAAGAGGGCUGAGGAACCCUUCCUGGAGGGCUCUACUGGUGGUGACCUGGCCCAGCCCACAUGAUCAUCUUGUCCAUUGUAAAAUGUUUUGCUACGGUGUGCCCUAAUCAAUACAACCCUGACGACGCCUUAACUCUCAAAAGACUACGACAAUGGAGUCACUUGAGCCAACAGUCUUCUGGAGCAGAUAGGAGGAGCAAACGGGGAGGAUUACCAAUGGCAUUCUGGGAGAAAUCACAAAAAGACAAUAUUGAAGUCUGUCUUUGUGUGCGAUCCUAGCCCCUUUUUUCCACUGAUUUGGGGAAGGGAAAUGACCACAUGCUGUUCCUAUGCUGUCGUGUUUUCUCCGUACCUAUUAUGACUUAUUUUGGGCUCUGGCCUCAGACUCCAGCACAGGCAGAACACACUCAGCUGUUGUUAAUGCUGAUGCUAAUGGCAAGCACAGAAACACGUCAAGGAUAGCAAUGCGGAAGAUGUGCAUUUAGUAAAGACGUUAAGACUGUUCCAUCUGCCUGCCUCCCUCGACUCAUUGGAUUAUGUCAAACCCCUUUUCUCUUUGUCACGGUAAUCCACAUUGUGUUAAUGUGCCAUCAUCUCGCCUGCUGACCUCCCAUUGGAAUAUGAAUAUGCACUUCUGCCGUAUAAGAACGUGGACGAGACUGUUUUGUCUGUCAGUAUAUUUAGGUCGUCUGUCUUCCUUUUUUAUUGUAGGUUGUUAUGGCAGCCGUGCUGACUGUCAUAGAUGAUGUCAAUGUCAAAACUUCGAAGGUUAAAGUGUUUUGAGUGAACAUAUUUGUUAUUUUUCAUUUAAAAAAAGUGAUAAUCUAUGAUCAUGGCGAGGAAAGGGUUUUAACAUGUAUUUAUUUAAUUGUUUUAUACGAGUGUUUACCUGUUUGCGAGUUGAAAGUAAGUGUGCUGGUGCUGCAUUUGAGUUAUAAUGCUUAGGCUAAAUUGAUUGUAAAAUAUCAGCUAUUUUAUAUCAAAGCAGUCGUACAGUAUUAAAGGGUAUUCAAGAG